AUGAGGUACUUGAGGUCAUUCUUUAGCUUGGUGUGCAUCACAUUCUUCAAGUCCCUCCUCCGCCAGGAGUGGCGUUCCCUCAUGUCCACGCUAACGAGUCACAUCCUGGCCGGACGACCAGUCAACAUCAAGAAUGAGAUGGCCGAGUUCACUACCAAGUGGCACCUCAGCACGCCUCUGCCGCCAACUAUCAACAAAUACCUGGUGGCCGAAUUCAGAGGCCUACAGUAG